UUCAGUUGUCAGUUACUCAACAACUCCAAAAGAUCCCGAAAUCCAAGUAGUAUCCCCUCGAUCUCCAGAUCCUCAAUUCAUUUCCAUGCCUCAAAUCCCCUCAUCCCGGGAUCUCAUCAAAUCUGCAGAUUCCCCAUUCUUGCUACCCUCAGACUCCGACGACCCGACGACACCAUUGAUGGAUCCCGCCGACGCGCCGCAGAAGAGCUACUGGCGAUGGAGCAAACAGGACUUUUUCCCCGAACCCUCUUUCCAGAACUGCUCCGCUUACAGAGCAGCGCUCUCCCAGACCGGCCGCCGUUUCAAGGAGCGGCUCCUCUCGCGUUCCUCCGACGACAACGAGCUCGUCAAUCUCCGCCGGGAGAGCCAGAACCCUAUGUCCAAGUGCCUCACCUGGUGGGACCUCAUGUGGAUGAGCUUCGGCUCCGUCGUCGGCUCCGGAAUCUUCGUCAUUACCGGCCAGGAAGCUCGUAAUCACGCCGGCCCUUCAAUCGUCCUCUCCUACGCCGUCUCUGGGUUCUCUGCCUUACUCUCCGUGCUCUGCUACACGGAAUUCGCCGUCGAGAUUCCCGUCGCAGGUGGGUCUUUCUCCUUUCUCCGAAUUGAAUUGGGUGACUUCGUUGCUUUCCUCGCCGCUGGGAAUAUUCUUCUGGAAGGGAUUGUUGGUGCUGCUGGGUUAGGAAGGUCUUGGUCAUCUUAUUUCGCCAGCAUGUUCAAUUCCAAUAAUCCUGAUUUCUUGCGGAUUAGAAUUGAGGGGUUUGCUGAGGGUUUCAAUCUAUUAGAUCCUUUGGCUUUUGUUGUCCUGUGGGUGGCAAAUACAAUUGCAAUGACUGGCACAAAGAGGACAUCUUUACUCAACUGGAUUAGCUCCAUUGUCAGUGCUCUUAUGAUCGUUUUCAUUAUAAUUGUCGGGUUCAUCCAUGGCAAGACUUCGAAUUUGACCCCAUUUUUCCCCUAUGGAGCUGAGGGAGUGUUCAAUGCUGCAGCAGUAGUGUACUGGUCUUACACAGGGUUUGAUAUGGUAGCUACCAUGGCAGAGGAGACCAAGAAACCUUCGAGGGAUAUCCCAAUAGGAUUAGUUGGAUCAAUGUCCAUGAUCACAGUGGUGUAUUGCUUGAUGGCUCUAGUACUCACCAUGAUGGUGAACUAUACUAGAAUCGAUCCAGAUGCUGCUUACUCAGUCGCAUUUGCCCAAAUCGGGAUGAACUGGGGGAAGUACUUGGUGAGCAUAUGUGCAUUGAAAGGGAUGACCACUAGCUUGCUUGUUGGAUCACUAGGACAGGGGAGGUACACCACUCAGAUAGCUAGAUCACACAUGAUCCCUCCGUGGUUUGCUCUGGUUCAUCCAAAGACCGGAACCCCAAUCUACGCCACUCUUCUAAUCACCACUCUGAGCUCCAUCGUCGCUCUCUUCUCCAGCUUGGAUGUGUUAUCAUCUGUCUUCUCGUUCAGCACUCUCCUCAUCUUCAUGCUCAUGGCUGUUGCUCUGCUGGUGCGGCGAUACUACGUGAGUGGAGUUAGUACGAGGAGUAGUUUGGUCAAGUUUGUCACGUGCUUGUGCACCAUUAUUGGUUCUGCCAUCGGAGUGACUGUGUUUUGGAGCACUAGUAAGGGGGGAUAUGUUGGUUAUGUGGUGGGAGUGGUGGUUUGGUUCUUGGGGACUUUGGGGUUGGCUCUGCUGCCAAAGCAAAGAGCGGCGAAGGUGUGGGGAGUUCCAGUGGUGCCAUGGUUGCCCGCUCUGUCAAUAGGGAUGAAUGUGUUUCUGAUUGGGUCUUUAGGGUAUGUGGCGUUCCUAAGGUUCUUCAUCUGCAGCGGCGUGAUGGUGUUGUACUACUUGUUUGUUGGUGUUCAUGCGACUCAUGAUAUGGCUAAUCAGAAACUAGGGGAAACGAAUGUUGCUUUGGGUUGAUCCAAAUUGGAUCAGAUGCUUCUGAAAGCUAGUUUUCAUUCUGCGAAUAUGAAAGUGUGGAUAUUUUAGAACAUAUAGGUUCAAUUAGAUAUGUAAGAAUGUAGAGGGGUCUGUUUUGUUGUUGCAUUGUUUAUAUCUUAAGAUAUGUUCGAUUCCUGAUUGAAGAUGAUGAAUUAUAGCACUUCCGUGGAUUAUUCAUAUUAUUCCUGUAGUUAUUUUUCUUAGUGAUUAGUAUCUCAUAUAAGUCCGAUCCCCGGAACUCCGAUAGCCGACAGACUGAAGCGGAAGAGAGAGGCUGAGGAGAUGGGCGAUGCCAUGAAGGCAGUGGAGGAGACUAUGCUUUCCAAGCGGGAUACGGAUAUUCAUAUUCUGGGUGUGCUUGAUGAGCUGAAGACGGCGAGAUUGAGACACACGGCGGCUCGGCCGCUGAUAAGGUAAUGGUUCUCUGAACUCAAAUGCUGCUCUCUGUAAUGGCUGUUGAAUUGUGAGGGGUUUUGUAUUGAGCAACUAUGAACCGCCAUGUUCAAGUGUGACUCUUUUUGGAAAUGGGUUGUUUAGGAUUAGCAAAGAUGCUCGAUUCAGGUUGGGGGAAGUCUGUACUUUACACGGAUUAUAAGAAUGGCGGCAGACUUCAAUCCCUCUGUGAAAAUUAAAUGAUAGCGACGAUGGAAGUGAAUGAUCAAUGCAUCCAAUUCAGAUUAAAAGGACUAAUGGAUCAACUCAAAAGGAUGAAAAAUGAACUUCAGAAGAAAAGCUACGAGUUUAGAAGAUAAUAAGCGACAAAGUAAAAG